UCGACACUGGCCAUGACUCGUCUCCUGGUGGCCCACGGCCUGCGAUACGGCCUGAGGGCUCAGGCCUUCACGCGGGCUCCGACUUGCGUGCGCUAUGCGACGACCGCCCCAGCUCCCGACGCCGCCCAGGACAAGAAGAAGUACUCGGCCUCCUUGUUGUUGCCAAAGACGGACAUGCAGCUGCGCGUCAAGAACGCCCCAGCUCUCGAGGCCAAGUACCGGGACAGGACAACCCAUGAACUCUAUCGCGCCCAGUACGACUCCAACCAGGGCAAGGUCUUCGUGUUCCAUGACGGCCCGCCUUAUGCAAACGGCAACUUGCACAUGGGCCAUGCUCUGAACAAGAUCUUGAAAGACAUGAUCAACCGAUACAACGUCAUUCGCGGAAGGAAGGUCCACUACGUCCCGGGAUGGGACUGCCAUGGCCUGCCCAUCGAGCACAAGGCGUUGGCUGCUCUUGGAAAAUCACAUACGGCCCUUGACCCCAUCAGUGUCCGAACCGAGGCCAAGAAGUUCGCUCUGGAGGCCAUAGACAUUCAAAAGGACGAGUUCAAGCAGCUCGGUGUCAUGGCGGACUGGAAUAACGAUAAGGGAGUGUACCGGACCAUUGACCACGACUUCGAGCUGAGGCAACUGAAGCUAUUCCAGAGCAUGGUCUCGAAGGGAUUCAUUUCGCAUCGUCUUCGUCCCAACUACUACUCCCCAUCGUCCAGGACUGCCCUUGCCGAGGCUGAGCUCGAGUACAAGGACCUCACGUCGACGUCCGUGUAUGUGGCCUUUGCCGUUGAGGAUGCGGACGCUUCGGCUCGUUUGCAGCAGGCUUUGUCGAAGGGCCGGGAGACUGUUCCUGGUGCAAAGUUGCAUCUUGCCAUCUGGACGACCACGCCGUGGAGUUUGCCCGGCAACAUGGGCGUGGCGGUUGGCGCUGAGCUCAACUAUGUCGUUGCCGUGGACGAGAGUAAACGUCUUUUGGUUGUUGCCGAGGAGCGCUUGGAGGCAUUGCAACAGUUCCUUGGCCCUCUCGUGGUCGUUGACAAGCUGACCGGCGAGGAACUUGUUGGCACAAAGUACACUCACUUCUUCCACCCUGCAUCUUCCAGCGAAGAACGCCCAAGUGUUUUCCUUGCGGAAUACGUGACUUCCGACUCGGGUACCGGUCUGGUUCACUCCGCCCCAGCUCAUGGUCACGAGGAUUACGAGUCUUUCCAGGCGCUCGGACUGCUCAAGGACGAACUGCGAUGCCCUAUUGAUGAUGACGGAAAGUUCACGAGCGAGGUUCAGGCGUGGUCGGGGCAUGAGGAUUCUGCCACCCUUGUUGGCCUUCCAGUCCAAAAGGCCGGCUCCAAGGCGAUGAUUGAGCUCCUCAAGUCGCACAAUCUCUUGUUCGCAAAGGAAUCUAUCCGCCAUCGUUACCCUGUGGACUGGAGGACAAAGGAGCCCAUUAUUAUUAGGGCUACUCCUCAGUGGUUCGCCGAUGUCGAGUCGUUGAAAGAUCAUGCCGCCGAGGCGAUCUCAAAUAUUAAUUUCAUUCCUGCGAGUGGUCGAAACCGCCUCACGGCCACUGUGUCCUCUCGUUCUGAAUGGUGCAUUUCUCGUCAGCGAAGCUGGGGUGUGCCCAUCCCGGCUCUCUUCAGCGCCACCGGUGAACCACUUCUCACAGAAGAGUCCGUAGAGCACAUCCUUGGGGUUCUCAACGAGAAGGGUGUGGAUCACUGGUGGUCUGGUCCCACCGAAGACUUUAUUCCGCCCUCGUUCAAAGGGCAGGUGUUUACCCGCGGCUACGACACCCUCGACGUUUGGUUUGACAGCGGAACCUCGUGGACUCUUAUCGAGGCUGCCCACCUUCGUCCCGACGACGAGCCCCUGGCCGAUGUGUACCUCGAGGGUUCCGACCAGCACCGCGGCUGGUUCCAGUCGAGUCUGCUGACGCGUCUGGCGUCGCUCGAGGGUCGCCAGGCCGUGGCUCCGUACCGCAACCUCAUUACCCACGGAUUUACGACGGACGAGACGGGCGCCAAGAUGAGCAAGUCGCAAGGGAACGGCGUCUCGCCCAUGGAUAUUGUGAACGGCACAAAGAGUACCCCUGCGCGCGGAUCGGACACCCUGCGUGUUUGGGCAGCUGGAGUCGACUACACACGGGACGCAUCCAUCGGUCCUUCCAGUAUUGAGCACGCCUCUGAGCUUCUUCGCAAGCUGCGCAGCAGCAUGCGGUUCAUCAUUGGCAACACGUCCAGGGCACCGCCACCAGCGCUGGCCGACGUCGAGCUGUCUAUUGCGGAGAGGUACAUUCUCCACCUGCUGAACCAGCUUGAAGUGGAUGUGGAGUCGGCGUAUGACCAGUUUGCGUUUAACAGAGUUGUCCAGAGCGUGUUCACAUUCCAGUCUACCCUCUCGGCGUGGUACUUCGACGUGGUGAAGGACUCGCUCUACUGCGACCCUGUCGAAGGAGCGCGGCGACAGGCCAUUGUUGCUACUCUGAGUCACGUUGUGCAAGCGCUCGUCAAGAUGACCGCGCCCAUUGCGCCACACCUUGCCGAGGAGGUUUACGAGGCGUCGGGAUCCCCCGUGAAGUCGUCAGUCUUCCUCGAUCACUGGUCACCAGAGACGGAGUGGCUCAACCCAACGGCGCACGACGAGAUGACUGCCCUGCUGACUGUGCGCACCGAGCUGCAAAAGUUGUUGACGAGUGCACGUGAAGCAAAGCAACUGCGCGUAGGGACUGAAGCCACUUUGCAAAUCGCCUCCAGCGGAGACUUGAGCAGCCUUCUGGCGAAGAAUGAGGCGCUACUUGCUAGCAUCUUUGGCGUGUCCGAGGUCCGAUUGGCGCCCGGCGUUGACACGGCUGAGUGGUCGUAUGUGGCUCCCGUCGAAACCUCCAAGGGUUCUGCGGAGCUCACCGUCUCGGCGUCGACAAAGAGUGCAUGCCCUCGGUGCUGGCUGCAUACAGCGACAGUGGCAGACGCUUUGUGUCACCGCUGUGAGACAGUUCUCACGACCGCGUAAGCAAGCGCCACGAGCUAGGAUGCAGCCUGCACCCUAGGAACACACCACACCACUCUCCUCUCCACAUAUGCAUUGCAGCGGUUCAGUAUGGGAUGGGCAGGACGAGAGGGGGUGGAACGCGGUAGUCGCGA